GACCCUCAAUGCUUCCAACUUUAAAUAUGGUUGGAGAUUUCAUUGCAUUGGAACGUAUAACUCAUAGAUUAAAACUUCUUGAAAUUGGGGAUGUGGUUGUUUGUGUUACUCCUACGGAUCCUUGGAGAUCAGUUUGUAAACGCAUUUUAGGAAUGCCAGGGGAUCGAGUGUGCAUCGAUCCAACAGCAGUCAAUCGUAGAUAUAUUACUGUACCUUCUGGUCAUGUUUGGAUACAAGGUGAUAAUAUGAGUAAUUCCACUGACUCAAGAAAUUAUGGACCCGUACCUUAUGCUUUAAUCAAAGGAAGAGUAUUUGCAAGA